UACAUGUAAAUAUUAGGUACUAACAUGUGCGGCUGCUCUCUCGGCGUAUAGUCAUCAUGGCUAGGCAACGCAUCAUAGGACGCUUCGGCCGUACUUAGCGUUCACCUAUACUUUGUCUCUAGCUUUGAGACUUCAUGUCUUUGCUCGAUUAUAUCAGGCCUUUGUCCUCUCUUCCCUUCUUCGUAGUCACUGAAGAUGUUGGAAUAAUCUCUCUCAUCUAGAUCUAAGCCAUCUCUCUCUCUAUAUAUAUAUCUUGACAGCAGAAGUGUCUUCUAUUUGCCGUCAUUAAUUCUCACUAUUUUCUCACACGCUACGCAGCCCGUCUACUGUUCAUCCCUAUACCAAGAUGGGCGGGCAGUUUACACCUUUCGACCCCUUGAGAUGCCCUCACUACGCCCAAUUUGCAUCCGGUCUUGAUAGAAUGCAUUUCGACGGCAUCUACUGGACGCUCUUUUUUCUGGUAAUCGUUAUCCUGUUUGCUUCGUCGUGGGUUUAUCAAUCGACGAUGAUGUAUCGAGAAAAACGAGGGUACUGCGAAGAUGAAUUCCGGCGGAGAGUUAAAAUCGGUCUUGCUUGGUGUACGCUACUAUUCUUAAUCGCAGCCGUCUUCCUUGUUAUCGAAGUGUUCGCGCUUCUAGCACUACAAUUCUGCGACGGCGAAGACCUCAUGGCUCUAUACUGGUCUACAUGGACGAUGCUACAACUAGGCUCCGAGAUUGCCAUUCUCGGUGUUGUACUGGCGCUGUGGCAUCAUCUCAGCGACAUCCAGCUUCCGCUUUGGGCUCUCGCGCUAGGCACCCCUGUUCUAGUUGUCGCGGGAUUCGGACAUGUUAUUCAAAUUGCGUGCCGGAUGUUCUAUAGGCGCGCGCGAGCCCGUAGACGGGCCCGAAAGGACGCCGACGAUGCCGAGACGGGCGAGGCAGGCAGGAAGCGGGAAGAUAUCGACUCUCUUUGUCCAAGCGCUAAACCAGAGCACGAGCAAAACAGCCUCCGGGAAAACGAACUAUGCAUGUACUUCGCGAUGGACGUGGGCGACGACGAACGCGUAAGGAAGUGGCCGUGUUUUGCCGGGUUGUCAAAUGGCAAGUCAAUUAUCCGCCUAUCUACGUACUCGGGGAAUUUUCCGAAUUCAUCUUAAUAUUACUUCUAAGCCGGGGCAUAUCAUUACCACUUCUUUACGUAGUAGAAGCGCUUAACUCGCUUUUAGUUGUUAGCGACUACUUAGACGCCGUGGUUGAGUAUUGCCCGGAUAGUAUCAGGAGUAUGUACCUCCUAGAAGUUGGUGGCAUAUUGAGGCUCAGUACGAGCAUGGUAGCUCUAGAUCAAUGGGACCUUUAGGUUCUACUAAUCCAUUAGGUAGCUUCAAGGCAGAUAUUCACCUAAUAGUAAGCGAUACUUGUCGUUUCAUGUUAUGUUGACGUAUAAGUGGGAAGACGGGAAGAUGACAGGAAGAUGCGUCCGGACUAUCCCGCAGAGAUCGUCUCCUAAAGCUGAACCUACUUAGAUAAUGAUGGAAGUUUAUUUGUACCUAAUGCUAGCUGGCUAGUCGUCUUGUCGGCCGAAAC